GCUGGAAGGCGUGGAAGUGAGUCUAAGGCAGGAAGCUAGUCCCCAGCUCAGGACGCUGAAGCAAGAGCCAUGAAUUGCUUCAGAACUCCACCAAGCAACUCUUGGGUCUAUCCCACUGUGAUACUCUGCUUAUUUGGAUUUUUCUCCAUGUUCAGGCCCUCCGAAUCAUUCUUAAUCCCAUUUUUGUCUGAUCCCAGUAAGAAUCUAACCGAAACAGAGAUGACAAACGAGGUCCUUCCAGUUUGGACAUACUCCUACCUGGCCAUGCUGCCCCCCGUGUUCGUCCUCACCGAUUACCUGCGCUACAAGCCGGUCAUCAUGCUACACAUCGUGGCCUUCGUCAUCUGCUACCUGAUUCUCUUGUUUGGCCAAGGUGUGAUGCUCAUGCAGGUGGCCGAGUUCUUUUUUGGGGUCGUCUCAGCCACGGAGAUUGGCUACUAUUCCUACAUAUACAGUAUGGUCAGCCCAGAGCACUACCAGAAAGUGAGCAGCUACUGUCGGAGUGUCACCCUGGUGGCCUACACAAUGGGCUCGGUGCUGGCCCAGCUCCUGGUGUCCCUGGCAACUGUACCAUACUCUUACCUCUUUUACAUAUCCUUGGCCUGUGUCUCUGGGGCAUUCAUUUUCUCGCUUUUUCUACCAAUGCCUAAGAAGAGCAUGUUUUUCCAUACAACGUAUGACAGAGAAGCCCAUCAAAAUCCACUGGGACAAGAUACUGUCCUCAAGGAAGCUCAGAAGAACCACAAGACAGCUCGCCCAGAAUUGCCUGCCACUUCAGGGAAGCCAGGCGACAGAAAGCUGAGCAACCCAGAACCAGAAAAUGUGACUUUGAGGGUCUUUGUGCAUUGGUUCAAAGAUCUGAAGGAGUGCUACUCCUCAAGGCACCUGUUUUACUGGUCCCUGUGGUGGGCUUUUGCUACGUCGGGCUAUAACCAAAUCCUGAACUAUGUUCAAGUCUUAUGGGAACACAAGGCACCCUCCCAAGACUCUUCUAUCUAUAAUGGAGCAGUGGAAGCUGCUGCAACCUUUGGAGGAGCUUUGGCUGCCUUCAUCGUGGGCUACGUCAAGGUCAACUGGGAUCUCCUAGGAGAGCUGGGCCUGGCCGUCUUCUCAGCUCUCAUCUCCGGCGCUCUGUUUCUCAUGAAUUACACACUCAACAUCUGGGUGUGCUAUGCGGGCUAUUUGGUGGUCAAAUCUAGCUAUAUGUUUCUUAUAACCAUAGCAGUAUUUCAGAUUGCCGUUAACCUGAGUGUAGAACGUUAUGCCCUGGUGUUUGGCAUAGACACCUUUAUUGCCUUGGUGAUUCAGGCCAUCAUGACUGUGAUUGUGGCAGAUCAAAGAGGGCUCCACUUGCCAGUCACCACUCAGUUUUUAGUUUAUGGAAGUUACUUUGCUGUCAUUGCUGCGGUCUUCCUGAUACGAAGCACAUACAUUAUCUACUCAGCCAAGUGCCGAAAGAAAGUGGAAAACCUUGCUGUCGCUCAGAGUCCCAGUGAGCCACACCUACAAGAGCCAAGAGAUGUGUCCACAAAGUUCUAACCCAGUUACAUCAACUCCAGUCACAGAAGGGAAGGAUUUCGAGAUGGGCAACCAGAAAUGCCUUCCACACCCGGAUACUCUGCCAGUAAGGAUUCAGAAACCACAACCAAACCUCAGCUUCAGGCUAGAUGUCUCUGUGUUGAGCUAAUUGCAGGCACUCCAUAUAGGCCAUCAUCGCUGUAUUAGUUACUCUCUGGAUGCUAGGAAAAUGCCUAACAAAAUGCAACUCAAGGGAAAAACUCAAUUUGUUUUGGUUCACAGUUUUGGAAGGUACAUUCCGUUAUGGGAGAGGAGGCGUGGCUGCAGGAGAAAGUGGCUGCUGGACACAUUGCAUCUGCAAUCAGGAAGCUGAGAACAGUGAAACCUGGUGUCCAGAUCAUUUUCUAUUCAACAUACUACCCCAGGCAGGGGGGGGGGUGCUGCCCACAUUUAAGAUGAGUCUUCUCACCUCAGCUAACAUAAUGGAGAUAACCCUCACAGAUAUUCGAAGAGGCUUACACCUUCAAUGACCCUCGAUCCCGUCAAGUUGACAAUACUGACUAUCAAUACUAACAACUGAACAAGCCUCAUUGGGAACCCCCCAAGAAUAGCAAUAACUUGGAAAUUCUAGUUCUGAUGAGUUUGAAGAACAAGUGAAGGGCAUGGAAACAAGCCGUGAAGAAAUGUAAGCCUCCUGAAGAUGACGACCCGAGUGCGCACAGUUACCCACAGGACUGACCUGUAACUGGCUAAAAAGGUAGCACCUGAGACAGUUUUCGUCCUUGUCCACUAAGUAUACAUAUGUCUGUUUCAACUUACAUCUCUCUGAAAGAAUGACUGGUUUGCUCCCAUUUCUGAGAGUCCCUUUUCAACUCUGAAAAUACCAGCGUAUUUUCACAAGUUGUUACUGGAUUAUCUCACUGUUGUCAUUGUUUUUUUAUCUUGUGGUCCCUUCUGGACUUUGUGUAGGAACUCUUACCCCAGGAGUCACUGCAGAUGCUUCUGUGUGUCCUUGAAAUGCUCCCACAUCAGUUCCCAAUGGCCUGGGAGAGGUGGUGAGCCUUCGGCCCACCAUGACCUAGACAAGUGUUUGAUUGAUGAACGCAGAACACUUCUGAAGGAAAUUCCAGCCUUUCCAGCAAUUUUUAUGCAUAAGAAAAUACUUGGAGGAAUUAAAUACGGUUCAAUUUAUCCUUUAUGUUUGGUGCUAAGGAUCAAACCAGGGCCUCACAUAGGCCAGAUAAACACUAUGCCACAAUCCUUGGGCCCAUACUUAAUUUUUAAAUGGCAAGAGAUUAUGUUCAAUAAAAUAUGAAAAUUUUUAAAGAAUCCAAAUUUAUGCAUUUCUCUGAGUGUUGCCUAAGAUUUUUUGCCAUUUGAAAUGCAGUGGAGUAUUUAUUAAGCAGUCUGCAUCAGGGGAAAAAAGAAUGCUCAUUUAGAAUAUAAAUAUAUUUUAUUCCAAAUUCCAAAAUUUAUUCAAAGGGGGUUGAAAAUAAAAUUUAUCCCAAAGGCAUAAACAGCAAUACCUUCUUAACUGGUACCUUUUCCCUGUCAUUUCAGUACCUACAGACAGCCACAGCCGGGAAUUAUUAAGCAGGAAGUUCUAGAAAUAAACAGUAAACAUAAUUUAAACUGCAUACUGUUCUGACGGGCACAAACGGAAGCUCGCUAUCCAUCCUAUCUGGGAUGUGUCCAAGUUACCCACUUAGUAGCUUCAUGUCUCAAUUUUCAAAUCAACUGUGGUCCUAUCUCAGUACUCACAUCCAAGCAAACUUUAUUUUUCCUAAAGCUGGAGUGGCGAUGCUGGGAACUAAGUCAUGCCAAAGAGACGCUGACCAUCAUAGGUGUAUAAUUAGGUAAAAACAUAGCAUAUACAGGUCCCAUUACUGUCCAUGGUUUCAGCACCCACGGGAAGUUGUGAAAAGCUCACAACAAACCUACGUAAGUGCAAGGGAUACACUCUAAUCAACCAACUUCUACAGGAAAUGCUAUCCAGUACAAUGAGACAAGAAAAAGAAAAAAACUGGAAGAGAAGCAAAACUGAUUCCAAAAACUACAAGAACACAUCCAAGAGCCUCAUCUGAAAAGUGAGACACCAACAACUUUCGUACAGCUGUAUUUAUGACAUUACUGGUAAAGAGCCCACUUAAAGUGGGGAAAAUGAUAAAUAUGGUUGCAUUUACUCUAUUCAAUGUAUAAAGCACAGGAACGGGCCUGAAAACACUUCAAGGUUAAAGAAAUGACACCUAAUGAUAGAAAGUUGUCCCUUGUUCUUGGCUUGGAAGAAAAAACACAAAAAUGUAAGACCUUCUUUAAUUGAUUAUUUUCUUAUGGAAAAUUGUAACACAUUUCCUUCAGAACUAGUAAAAGUAAUUAAUUAUUCAGAAGAUAAAAGAGAACAGGUUUCAGUCCUACAUGAGAUGUCUCCAUCAAAUCCCUGCCCUCGGAGUUCAGGGAAAUCCUUGGAAGAGGAGGCAGAAAGAGUUUAAGAGUCAGAGGGAAUGGAGGACACCUGGAGAAGGUCAUUAAAUCAACAUAAGCAAGACUCCUCAUAUGAGCUCACAGACACUGAAGCCGCCUGCACUAGGUCUGCACCAGGAUCUCUGCAUUUAUAUUAUGGCUACUAGUUCAGUGGUUUUUAUGGGAUUCCUGGCUAUGUAUGAAAACAGUGAGACUCUGACUCUUGUACCUUAUCUUGGCUCUUUUCUACCUAUUGGUUUGUCAUGUCCAACUUCA